UAUACAUGUACACGUAACUGACGCAUGCGUAUGUGAUUGAAAACGAAACUGCAGGAUGUUUAUGUUGUUAAUUAACUAAUAAGAUUCCUUAAACAAUGACGGGGCAGUUGCAAGAUAACUACAUGGAUCAGUUGGACUCCUGGAUUGGUACGGGACCCAAGAUCUUCACCCUGCUAUACAAGAUAACUAGGGAUGGAUGUAACGCUACAACAUUCCAUCAGAAGUGUGACAAUCAGGGACCGACUGUGACCGUGCUGUACAACCAACAGGACUCCGUGUAUGGAGGGUAUGGGAGUGCUAGCUGGAACAGUAUUGGAAACUAUAUUCAAGAUGCAAACGCUUUCCUAUUUCAACUGAAGUAUUCAGGCAACGAUACGCGUACAAAGUUUCCAGUUACACAGGCGAUUUAUGCGUUGUAUGGACAAUCAACAUACGGACCAACGUUUGGUCAUGGACACGACCUCAAAACCUUUAUUGGCACAGCUAAUAGCUCUGGAGGCUAUUUUGCUUUGAAUGGUUAUUUGACCAUUGGUACUGCCUUCAACAACCAAAGGAUCGAUGCCAAACUAAUUAACAACGGAAAUAUGUGCGUCACUGAGCUAGAGGUGUACAGUGUUACAGAUGGUGUUCGGAAAAAGUCCCCACCACACGCACCGCAAUCCUGGAGAAAAACUCCGGAAUGGAAUGAAAAGUUUCUUGAGACGCUUAACGAGGACAUCGUAUCAUUAAAACCUUCCGGGGAAUUGGGACUAUCGGAUGUCCGUAUCCUAAUGUUGGGUCCAGUGGGCACGGGCAAGUCAAGCUUCUAUAACACCAUCAACUCGGUGUUCAAGGGCCGUAUCUCGCAGAGGGCUCGAUGUGGGAAUGCUACACACAGUAUAACAACAGCGUACACCCCAUAUUUAGUAAAGGCGCGUUCAGGAGCGUCGUUGAAUUUCCGGUUCUGCGACACACGUGGUUUGGAGGUAACCCAAGGUCUUGACAUUCUGGAAUGCAACUACCUGCUAGAUGGGAACAUUCCAGACUAUUACGAGUUUAACCCAGCCACGCCAAUCAGUCCCGAAAAUCCCGGGUUCGUGCAUCAUCCGAGAGUACCUGAAAAGAUUCACUGCGUUCUUUUUGUAAUCGACGCAAAAACAGUGGGCGACAUUCCACCAAAAUUGGUCGAAAAAAUGAACAGCUUUCAAAAAAUCAUGAAUCACAAGGGUAUUCCACAAACCGUUCUGCUGACCAAAGUUGACCUGGCCUGUCAAGACGUUGCCAGUAAAAUUUCGAACGUGUUUACCAGCAAGACAAUUGAGGCUGCGGUGGACAAGGUAUCCGGGCUUCUCGGGUUGCCUAGAAACAACAUACUUCCGGUAAAGAACUACGAGAAUGAGAUGCAGCUGGAUGACAACAUCAGCAUCCUGGCGUUGCUUGCAGUGCGGCAGGUGUUGUACUUUGCAGAAGAUUACAUUGAGAACCUUCAGGAGAAGAUGAGCGCGCGCAAUGUCUCAAGUGAGAAGCCGAACAAACAGGAACAUAAAGAGAAACGCAACGACAAAGAAUAAUAAAAACACUUUAAUAAUGAAAAAGUUUGGACACCAUAUAUUGAGUUAACUUGUAACAUUUUAUGAAUAACACGUAUGUAUAAAAAAGCUUUCUUUUAAAAUAUAUUUAUAUUCUGUAUUACUCCAAAUAAAUGGUGUCUUAAAAUAUCAGAUAAAUAACACAAUUUUAAUAGCAUGUUCUAAUGUGUUAAUGACAGCGUUUUAUCUAAUUGCAAUUUGCUGCUAAUUUUAAACUGUAAGUUACAUUUGUAUAUUGUAACAUUAUCAUAUGGACUUUUAUGAUUUUCUUAUGAUAUUUUACUGAGAAAAAGUCUGGUUUAAUCCAAACUGCUUUCACUGGCUACUUGUAUUCAUAGUCAUGUACUGUAAUUGUCUUUGUAUUUUUUGGCCGAGUGUUGUAUACUGAACCCAAAAGUCUUGCUUUAACGUUUGUUUUUAACUUCUUUAAAAUGUAUGUUUUGUAUUUGUUUUCAAAAUGUAUCCUUUUUAAUUACAUUGGCGUAGUAUAGUGAUUUUGAACUGUUGCAAUUGUUUGCUUGUCACGUUUACAUUGAUUUGUACCUUUCAUUUAACACAAAAAAGAACGUACAUACAAACUGUCAUAUAACUAACGUGAAGUAAUUUAACGUAUUUUAAAGAUACUUCCGCCCCCCCCCCCGUAAAAAAAAAAUAAAAAUAAUAAUAAAUAAAUAAAUGAAUAAAUAAUAAUAACUACAUAAAUGGUAAAUAAUGUGUCAAUUCGAAAAUCUCAGAUAUACCUAUUGCAAUAUAAUGUCCUGAAAGGCAACCUUUGGCCGCUGAUGAAAUGCAUGUUUGGCUGAUUGGCCGCUGAUGAGAUGCAUGUUUAGCUGAUUGGCCGCUGAUGAGAUGCAUGUUUGGCUGAUUGCAUGGUUACAAUAUCACCAUUAUUACCUACAAAUAAUCAUUAGUAUCCACUUACUCGACUGACGAUAAUUUAGGGCAGGGACACUAUUUUAGCGUUUAUCCACGUUGAGUAAUCUAUCUUUUUUAAAUCGAUUAUAUUCUCAAAAUUAUCCAUUACAUUUAAUAAUGAUAUGUUACAAAUAUAAAAAAUUUGAACAUACUUAUAAAGUGGAACAUAACUUGA